GGCAAACACGUUUUCGUAGCUUGUGCAGAAUUUUACAUCAGCGCACGGAGUCUGGCAUCAGCAUCCCUUCGUUUCCUGGGAUCUCCGUGGCUUCUCGCUGUUGCUGGGGCAAGUUUCGGUCCAGUUGCGCUCGUGACGGAUCGGCGCUCUCCCAGUUGGCGGUCGAGUCCCUCCUCUUCCCGAGGUCAGCUUUAAUAAUCAAGUCAAGGCAGGAAAACUAACCCGCCCCCAGUUACACUUCUCCAUUUCCAUCCAACAACACCAGCCUUGUGUUCUCACCCAAACGCAACCAUAAGGCUCCAUCCACAGCUUCUCCCUCCCCCCUCGUUCCAGUCAAAAUUAUCCCAUUUUUUCUGCUUGUUGUGGUCCCGUCAAUUUUCAAAUAUUUAUUUCCUAUACGUCAAGAGGAAGGGGGGUCCCCCUUUCAUGGAAUGCGGCAACAUGGGUCUGUUUGACCGCGGAGUUCAGAUGCUGCUGACCACGGUGGGCGCCUUCGCCGCCUUCAGUCUCAUGACUAUAGCCGUGGGCACGGACUACUGGCUCUACUCACGUGGCGUGUGUAGGACCAAAACGGUCAGCGAGAACGAGACGAGUAAGAAGAACGAGGAGGUCAUGACCCACUCGGGAUUGUGGAGAACGUGUUGUUUAGAAGGCAACUUCAAAGGUUUCUGUAAACAGAUAGACCACUUUCCUGAGGACACGGACUACGAGGCAGACACGGCGGAGUACUUCCUACGUGCAGUACGGGCCUCCAGCAUUUUCCCCAUCCUCAGCGUCAUCCUCCUUUUCAUGGGGGGCCUGUGCAUAGCUGCCAGCGAGUUCUACAAGUCACGCCACAACAUCAUCCUCAGCGCCGGGAUAUUCUUCGUGUCGGCAGGCCUCAGCAACAUCAUUGGGAUCAUCGUGUACAUAUCAGCCAACGCGGGGGACCCCUCCAAGAGUGAUUCCAAGAAGAACAGUUACUCAUAUGGCUGGAGCUUCUACUUCGGCGCACUCUCCUUCAUCAUCGCCGAGAUGGUGGGCGUGCUGGCAGUGCACAUGUUCAUCGACCGGCACCGGCAGCUGCGAAUCGGAGCACGUGCCACCGACUACCUGCAGAGCUCGGCCAUCACGCGCAUCCCCAGCUACCGCUACCGCUACCGCCGCCGUUCCCGCUCCAGCUCCCGCUCCACGGAACCCUCACAGUCCCGGGAUGCAUCUCCUGUGGGCCUCAAGGGCUUCAGCACGCUGCCCUCCACCGAGAUCUCCAUGUACACCCUUACCCGGGACCCCCUCAAGGCCACGGCCACACCCACCGCCACCUACAAUUCUGAGAGGGACCACAACUUCCUACAGGUGCACAAUUGCAUCCAGAAGGACCUGAAAGACUCGGCCCACACUAACACAGCAAAUCGGCGCACCACGCCUGUAUGAGAAAGCCCCUGGAGACAGAUGGGGGGGGGAGGACGAUGGGGGGACAAAGAAACCGAGGAUCCCCAGAUUAUGAAAAUGUGAUGGUAUAUAAUGAGUUUUCAUGUUUAAAAAAUCCCUAAAAAAAAAUAAAAAUGCAUGACUUUCCCAUCUGCUGUUAUUUAAAGGAAUUUUAAACAUGUUUGUAAAGGUACAGAGUGAAACUUCAUAUAGUUGGUGUUAGGGACAGAAGUCAUGGGAGGGCUGGGGUAGAGAUCUGGCCCGGAGAGUGUUGGAGAGUCUGGUGGGUGAGGAAGCAGUGAGGUCUCGUAGGUUUGAAAGUUUAAAAUGACAAUUUAUUUUUGUUUUCCCACUUCUCACCUCGGUCCAGAUGGGGGCUGCAAGCUAUCCCUCCCUCCCUCCCCCCAUC